AUGUCUCCAGCAGCCCUCACACCAGAGCCGACCUUUCAGGUUAUGCCACUAGUCAAACGCAAGGACCAAAAGUUCAACUUUGGUGCUGCUGUGGAAGGUUUAGACCUUAACGACAUCUCUGACGAUGAUGUCAGGAGGCUGAGAGAGGCAAUAUGGACGCAUAAGGUCAUUGUCGUCAGAGGCCAAAAGGAUCUUGAGCCUAUCAAACACUGGGAGCUCGUCACUCGCUUCGACCCAGACGCCUAUCAAGUGCAUAGUCAUGGCGAUAUGAAAACAUUUGAACAGAAGGGUGGCCUUCUCUCAAAGUCCCGUGAUGUCUAUGGUAUUCCUGGGGCAGAGAACGUGCGCCUGAUUGGAAAGGGGUACCAAGGCGAGGACCACUACGGAAUCAAAAAUGUCACCAUCAAAGGUUUAACAAACGAAUUCCAUGCCGACCCCCCAAACGACGAAGAAUUUCAAGAAGGAAUCACACGCUUUCAAAGAUGGCACAUCGACGCCCCUCUAUAUGCCCGCGAACCAGCCUGGUUCACCACUCUUCGCGCUAUCAAGCUUCCAUCUGGCCCAGAUGUAACUAUUCGGUGGGAUGACGGCUCCGGGUUGAGCAUGAAAGCUCCCCCGGGAUUGACAGCAUUCUUCAGUACAUCACAGCUAUAUAACAUGCUCAGCGCUGAAGAAAAGCAGCUUGCUGACCACAGCUGGGUUGAGUACGCACCACAUCCAUAUAUGUGGGUUGAGCAUUGCAAAGCUCCUUCGACAGGACUUGGGUUGAAGUCCGAGGGGAAGGAACAUACUAUCGAAGAACUUGGUGAAUACAACGAGCAUGAUGUGAAGAGGUAUCCUUUUGUAUGGGUCAAUCCCGUCACUGGUGAAAAAGCGUUUCAAGUUCACGGACUUGCCGCGCGGAAACUCUUCCUUCGGUCAUCGGAAGACGAGGAGCCCAAGAUCAUCGACGAUGUAGUUCCUAUUCGCUCAUUUUUGCACAACAUCCAGACUCGCAUUCUGCGCCCCGAGUACAUAUGGCUCCCUCAGGUUGAUGAGGGCGAUAUAAUCAUGUGGGACAAUUACGGUACCUUCCACACGGCUGUGGAUUAUCCCUUGGAGAAGUAUGGCCCCAGAACUAUGCAUCAAGCAAACAUAGGUGCAAGUAAGGGCCCUGUUGGAGCUGUGCCAAUUCCUGCUGUAGGUUAA